GCUGUUACAUGGCAUCAAGUGUCUCCUCAUAGAGAUAGACUGAUAUAUACAACACAACUGUCACAUCCAAGAAUCUCCUUCUACUGCGGCUGCUGCUGCUUUUACUUGGGUGCCUAAAAUGAGGAAGCUAUUCAGAGGUCCCCCUCCUGUCUAUGAGCUGGAAGCACUUCUAGACAGCUACAAAGGGGGUACGCAUCACGUGGACCAAGUCUUUCCCAACCUUUUCCUGGGAGAUGUAAACAUUGCAAGGGACAAAAAACAACUGAGGAAGAUGGGCAUCACCCACAUCCUGAACGUAGCCCAUGCCUCGUGGGAGUGCACAGAUACUAUGGAGUACGGUCCGUAUAUCCAAUACUAUGGCAUCACUGCAGAAGAUUGUCCGGAGUUUGAUAUUAGUGUGUUCCUACGCCCAGGGGCAAAGUUUAUUCACAAUGCCCUGAGUACACCUGGUGGAAAAAUUCUUGUGCACUGUGUUCUGGGUAAAAGCCGUUCAGCUACAAUGGUCCUUGCCUACCUAAUGAUUUACCAUCACUUCAAUCUGGCAGAUGCCAUUCGCCAUGUCUGUCAAUACCGCUGUAUUGCUCCUAACCGUGGAUUCCUACAGCAGCUGCAACUGCUCGAGUUGGACUUAAACCACACACUUUGGAGAUGCUAUAUGUUCUGAUA